AUGAAGUUCGAUCGUUUCUUUUCUAGUGAAUACCAGGAGACGCCGAUGGGCUACUCUACUUACUUUGCGCCGGCCUUCAUGAGCCACAGUUGUUUGCCUAAUGCAGACUGGGUUAAUGAUCCGGAAGGCAAUUUUGUGCUCAAGUGCCGUAGGGUGAUCAACACAGGCGAUGAGGUAUGUGUAUCAUAUCUCUCCGAAGAAGCCCUGCUUGACACCACGAAGACCCGUGUGGACGACCUGAGCAGCACUAAAGGCUUCGUCUGCACUUGCCCUAGAUGCGACGCCGACGUUGACCCGUCUCGGGUGUUCGCCUGUCCCUCCUGCUCGGUGGGGGAGGUGGUCUUGCCAUCGAAGGCUCCAUUGAUGUCUGACGAUGAGGAAGCCAUUGGUACUGAUUCCUUCGACCCUCUUUCUUCGUGCUCCAUGUGUGGUUGCGAACUGAGCCGGAAUGGAUUCAAGUCCUGCUUGAAAAUUGAGUCGCGCAUUGACGCAGUUUUGAAGAGCCUGGAGUCGAAAUCGCUCACGAGGCAUAAUGCUGGUGAGUUGCUGUCCUCUUUGGAUGUGAAACAGCUUCGGAAACUGUGCUCACUUGGUACUCAUGAUAAGCAUGGACUGUCUGCUAAGCUAUUGCACAUACUAGCCGACUACUACGUAUUCACGAAGGAGUACAGCGAGGCGAUCGAGUGUGUGGAUAUCUUCAUUGAAUUCUGUGAACGGGUUUACGAUGGUCUCAAUGGAGCACACGCCUGGGCUCUCGAGGAGAAGGGCGACAUCUUGCUUGAGAAAGCCACGUACAAAGUUUUGACCAUCCGCGAUAUUACCAAGUUUCGCGAUUUUUCGAGUCAAUCUAUACGGCGUAUGUUUUUCCACAAUGCCUUUACCCCUCAAGAGAAGUCCACAUUGAGGUCCAGUGGAGUUCUUGAGAGCUAUGAGAAAGCUGCAGAUGAACUCAAGCUGUUGUUCGGUGACUGGCACGAGUAUUACACGAAAGUAUAUGAUAAAAUUAUAAAGGUCGGCCGACCCGAUAUGGUUUUUGCUUCUAUUCUCUUCGGAUGA